AUGCAUCAUUGCCUCGAAGUCGAUGAUAUCUUCGCUGUCGUUGUCAAUUACGCGUAUGAAAGCCGUCUCAUAUAUGAUGCUGCCGAGGGGAUAUCCGUGCAGCAAAGUCAAUUGGCACGCCACUUCGAUACAGGCACAGUCCUGGCACUUGCACUCACUUGCAGGUCGUUCACUGAUACUGCCCUCAACCGGCUUUGGCAUUCUAGUCUGGGGAUAGACCGGGUGCUUCAGACAUUGCCCGCGGAUGCGUGGCGCAAAGAAUCGACUACAGUGCAUAUUACACGACCUCUCACCAUUGCAGACUGGGAGCGCUUCGAUUACUAUGGGGGCAAGAUCAGAGUGUUCAAAUUUGAUUCGCGUCGCAUUCAAGAUCAACGGAAGGAUUCUUUCGGUCGAUCCCUAAACAGAGGCUAUCAUCAUCUUUUUACAGAACGACCGAAACCGUUGCUGUUUUCUCAAUUGCGGGACCUCACGUGGCUUGGUGUAGGAGACACUGGUCUUGCCCCUCUUUUUGUUGGACAACAACUUGAGUCAUUAAAUCUCACACUCGCAGUAUCUCAACGAGCAGACCAAGGAAAUACAUUUACUCCCGAAGAUCUGAAAUUCGUGCUGGACACUCAGCCGCGUUUGAAAUUCCUCUUCCUCUACAGUCAAAUGAUUGGGAUGCUAGUGUCGCCUAAUUUGGUUCUGAAUGUCAUUCACUCAUCCAGUGACCUUUGCAUCGUCCGCGUUGACAUGAAGCUUUCUUCCAACGAUCUCAUCCACAUUGCCCUCAUGCCCUCACUAGUUGAAUUCCAUUUCGUUGCAGAUUCCAAUGACGACUUGGCUCCACUUUUAACUCGGGAUCAGCCUCUUUUUCCCUCUCUCCGUGUAAUUUCCCUUGGCCAUUUGCAUGUAUAUUGUGGUGCAGAUGUUUCUUCGUGUGCCGCCCUACUCGACCGAAUUCAUUCAAGUGUCCUACAGGACGUCAGUCUCGAAGCCACGGGCACGUCGUCAUCGGCUAUGCGCCGCAAGCUUUUAUCAAGCAUGCACAAGCGUUAUUCAGCGCUGCGGAAGCUCCAUGUUGUCGGUAUACGAACCGCCCCUGUGAGGCUCCCCCUAAAGCAAGAUGCAUUUGGAGAUGACGAGCUAGUCCCUCUUCUGUCCCUCACCAGUCUCACCCAUCUACAGCUCUCCUUCAUCUGUCAAUACGAUCUAGGCGACUUGAUGAUGCUUCGGAUAGCAGAUGGCUGGCCUGGUUUGCAAAGUUUGAAAAUUGGGACCGUUCAUGGAUGGGAGAAAAGGUCGCGUGUGACGCUCCAUGGUCUCAUAGGACUGAUCAAGUCGUGUCCGCAGCUGCGAGAACUCGCCCUCCCGAUAGAUAUCUCGCAAAUCAGCUUGGAUUUAGAACACGACGAACUCCCGCAAAAUCACCAUAUCACGACUAUCGACCUCAUGGACUCUGCAAUUGUCAUGGAGGACGAGAAUAUCCUCGAUAGAUCUGCGCGUUGCUUCGUGGUACUCUUUCCUGAGCUAAGAUUAAUCCGAUCGUCCCGACCACGCUGGCAGCUUUCCUGGCACGGAAAUUCUACCGGUGGUAACAUGGCGCAGGUGUGCUGGGUGGCAAUUGCAGACAAGAUUGUUGCGCGGUGUCCUACUAGACGUCUGGCGGUGACUACGCAAUACUUUUCGUCCCUAUCUUAUUGA